AUGAUUCCCAUUGACAAAAGUUCAAACGAUCCAUUUUAUCGAUACAAAAUGCCAGAAGUUGUGGUUUCUCACGAGACAAGCAAAACUGUGAUUCAGAAUUUAGAACAAAUAUCAAAGUCCCUCUCUCGAAAUCCUGCUCACAUUCUUAAGUUUCUUUCGAUGAGCUUUGGAUGCACCAGUGCAUUGGGUCAAAAGUAUGCUUUAAAUGGCAGCUUUGAUUCAAAUAGAAUACAAAAUGGAAUCUACGAUUUCAUAGACUGCUUUGUGCUUUGUACGAAGUGCAGAAAUCCUGAAACAAAGUUCCUAUUUGGUAAAGCCUUGAAGAGGUCCUGCAAUUCGUGUGGUGCAAUAUUUGAACAAGAGAGCCAUAAAUUGAAUAUUUUAAUAGCUAAGGACAAAGGUGUAAAUGAGGAUACCAAGUACGAGAUGAACAACAAGUCUAAUCUUUAUGCGCUUCUCAAAGAGGAGCAGGAUAAUUCCAAACGAAUAUGCGAAGUUUACAAGCAAGAGAGCAUGACUUUAGAUCAACUAUUUUCGGAGUAUGUGAAGGCCAAGGAAUUAAAACAGCUUAGGCUAGUUUUGAAUGAAUUUAAAGUCGACAAAAUUCUGGCCUGUGUCGAAAACAUGCUUGAAAGCUUUAAGAAAGAGGAUAAAAUAGAUGAAUAUGUGCAUUCUCUUGCAAACGUUGGAUUUUCUGUGGAUGAUAUUCACGAGUCCAUCUCAAAACCAAGAGUUGGAAAGAAAAGAUCUCCAAUUGUAAAGAAAAUAUUUGAUGGCAUUCUUUCUGGCAUUUAA